CCCCCCGAUGAAGCGCUUCACUUUCGCGGAAAGACUCUGACUCCGGAAAGCCCUCGACCCCUACACAUCCCAGAGCCAUCCAAUAUCCCAGUCUUAGAGAACCAAAUGGACCCCGUCUUCAACGAUACCUCCACCUAUGAACGCUCGGUGUAUAAACAGGCCCCGCAAACACAUGGAUGGUUGCACGGAGGGUUAGAAGAUGGCCAGGGAGGACCGAGUCAGACCCAAGAUGCUGGUAGUUUUCAUGGCUCGCAGCCGAAUCGUGGGAUGCAGAAUGAAAUGAUUGCUUCUGCAUACUACCCUCCCAACCCAGCGUCGGGAUCCGAAAACACUGGCCAUCUCAGCUCAGGUUUUUCUCACCCCGAUUCCACUUAUUCCCACGCUGCUCCGGUUGCUCCGGUAUCCCGGGGCUUUGCCACUGGGAGCAAAGUAGAUCAUGCCCACAAUCCGGAGCAGUCAAGGAUGCCGGACCGCCUAAUUGAUGAGGAGCGCGUGGGACAUAACGCGGGAGGUGUCAAUUUCCAGCAACUCCUCGACAAUCUUUCUCACCCCAACCCUGGUGCAACCAUUCCCGCCGUUUCUUCAGCUGAGAACUCGUCUCUCCACCAAGCGCCCGCUGGCGAGUCCCUCAAAUCCCAGGGCAUCCCUGCCCACCCUCAAGCCCAAAGCCAAGAUUCUCUUCAGGCCCAUUACACCCCAAAUGGCGAGGUGGCAUAUCACCAACUUUCGUCUGCCCAUGAUCCCGCUGCCACUGCAUCGCCUGCCUACUCAGCCCAACCUAGUAAUAUUCAACCUCAAACCCAGUCUCAGCCAUUUAACAUUGCUUCUGGAGGAGUCUCGGCCGUCAGCGAUCUACUUCCUCCUAUUGUCACCUUCCCGCAAACCCCAUCUACCGGUGCCGAAUCUCAGGGCUCCUUGCAAGAGCCUUCUGUAGCCUCCAAGAAAGGCCGUGUUGAAAAGCAGGGUCGGUCUACCAAGCCUGCUGAUGAUGAUUCGCCCUGGGGUCCAGAGGUUCAAAAGAAAUACGACGAGUUCCUGCACGAUGAGCGGAUAUAUGUGACGGAAGGUCUUUGGGAUCGUUUCCCAAUGGGCUCCAGGCUGUUUGUUGGCAACCUCCCUACUGAAAGAGUCACCAAGCGAGACAUGUUCCAUAUCUUCCAUAAGUACGGCAAACUGGCUCAGAUAUCGAUCAAGCAGGCGUACGGCUUCAUACAGUUUCUGGAGGCGAGCUCCUGCCAUGCGGCUCUCGGCGUCGAACAGGGAGCCAUCAUCUUGAAAUCUCAAAGCCUCAGCGAUCGACCCGACCCGCUCAAGCACCCGAAGUUUCUCGUGCACCACCGCCACGUCGUUCCCGGUCACCGGAGUUCAGCCGUGCCGCUCCUGGGCGAACUAACGUCCGGGCCCCGGCCGAUCGAUACGACCGUGCUAAGCCAUAUGAACCAAGUCGGCUUCCAUUUAGCGAUUUCCGGGAUGAACCCUCUCACCGCAGCAGACGCGACGAUUAUCGCCCGCCCCGAUCGCCUUCCCCGCGACCUUUUCGGGGGUCUAGAGAUGGGUAUCGGUCGCGCGACAGAACCCCAGAAAGGUUUGAUCGCCGCGAGCGAAGGCGCUCCCGCUCUCCACGUUCUCCUCGCUCUCCUUAUUCCAGAGAUCGACGUUAUCGCAGCAUCAGCCCAAGACCACGUGGUAUCUAUGAAGGUGAAGCGGAUUUACCCGUACCUCGACGCGCUCAGCGAGAUGUACCAGAGGUGCAGCUCCUCGUGCUGGAGGAACUUGAUAGAGAACGCUUUCCGCAACCGUGGAUUGCGAGUGGAUGUCCUGGUGCUUGGUCCACGGAUCCCUCUUGGCGCCGCUGUGCAUCGUCAAUUUAUUGAAGGUGUUCUUGCGGUUGUCCGCCUCUCUCGUCCGAACCAAGUCUCUCGGAAGAUUCCUCUGCAGCUAUUUGAUCGUACCGCUGGAUUGGAUAACGUUCGCUUCCUUGAUUACCCUGAGCUCGAGCCUAAUAUGUCUGCUGAGCUCCUGAGCCACCAAUCCCAAGCGAUGCAGCGAGGAGCAGCCCCAACCGCAUUUGCACCCAAUCCUGGUUUCAUUGUCCCUUCAGCACAGCCUAUGUCGGUUCCUCCACCUGGCUUGCCUGCGCUUUCAAAUCCACCCAACAUUGCGAACCUCAUUGGUUCACUGGAUGGUCCUAGCCUUUCAACUCUCUUGUCGGCGCUCCAGCGACCUCCCCAUUCGCAGCCCGUGUCUGCCACGCAGUCGCCCUUUUCCUCACCAAACCCACCUCCGGCCGACCUCGCCAGUCUCCUGACCAACGCGCAUCGGCCUCCACCUAUGCAAGCCAACCCACAGCAACCCCUCCCUCACCCACCCUUCAAUCCCCAGCCUGUAAAUGCACCCGUCAUCACCGAUCCAACCCUGCUCUCGCUCCUGGCCAAAGGACUAGGUGGACAACAGCAGCAGGGCCAGGGACCCGUGGGUCCCCAGGUACAGAACCUGAUGCAGCACCUGGCUAAAUGGAAGCAAUGAUUUCACGACUCUCUUACUACCUAUCAUUCUCAUUCGAACUUAAGGUUCAUCUUGUCGUUGUUCAUUUUCGGAGCCUGGCGUUCUUGCAUCCCUACUUGGUGGAUUUUAGUGCUCUGCUUCGGUUCCUUUUUUCUGGCUGGCCAAAAACCAGUUCUCGCAACACUAGGCGUUUCCUUUUCUUUCCUUUUUGCUCUUUGCUUCUCACGUGUCACAAACGCAGUAAGAUAUUAGGUAAAUAUUAGGGUAAGGCGGUAUCUAGGAUGGAGUUGACAUGUCUUUUCAGCCAUUGGACUCUUGCUUAUUGUGAUUACUGGGUUAUUGCCCCCCUUUGGAUAUAAUACGGACGUUUCCUAGAUACGUAUUUUGGGUUAUAUUAUUGCUGAAUAUCUCUCCCUUUG